UCUUGGAACAUCAUUUUCCCCAAAAAUCUUUCUUUUUAAGUUAACCCUAGAGCUUUAGAAGAAAUCCCCAAAAGAGGCUUUAUCCCGAUUAGCAUUUGUAACAUUUUUUCAUUAUUUGGCCAAAGGCAGUGGAGUUGACAGCCGUUUGUUAUUGUUCCGUGGCGAUGUCGCCAUCUGUUCGCAGCUGUUUUUUCUUUGGCUUUCAUGUACAUCUCCGGGUUGUUUAUUAUUUGGUUGGUUGGGAAGCGGAACAAACCAUUAACAAAAUGUCUCUCCUGACGGACGCUCGAUGCUUUUUUGCCAGCAUUGCAUUUUCCAUUCUAUUGGAUCGAUGCGAUGGCCUUGGUGGUCUGAUCGGGAUUGCAAAUAUUCAGAAUCUGCCACCGGCCGAGGGUCAAAUCAGAAUCCUGCUUUUAACUCUACUGGGCAUUGGCUUUCUUAUGUUCCUCGGUUGUUUGGGAUGUAUCUGCUGCUUCUGCCGGAUGUCCCCAACCGCCUCGUCCAAGUCGGAUGGCCUCGAUGUCUAUGCCCCGCGCACCCAGAGCAUUGUGUGGCCCACUCUGCCCCAAGAAGCCGCCAGGGUUUUGGAUGUGAUGACCUUCCGACAUUCCCCCACACCCGGGUGUCCCUGUCGCACUUGUCGUUCGAACAGAAAUGCCUUCUGCAUGAAAAAUUGCGGUGCCAUCACUCAUGUCGCCAGGUGGCUGUUUUUGGUGGCAACCUCAAUCACCUGCCUCCAAUUGAUGAAAUCCGAUGACAACUUUACGGACUUUGACUGGCUGAACGAGACGCAGCUGUUGCAGCUGUACGAGUACGAGUACGAGAACGAGAGCGAAACUUUUGAGAAUUUCACGGAUUCUAGUGAGGAUUUGCCGGAGCUGUUGCAUAAUUUUAUUAUUGAGAAUAAUGCCACAGGCACAAGUGGCAACAAUAGCGACAGCAACAUCAAUAACAACAACCAAACCUCCAACAACAACAGCAGUAGCUCUGAACAAAAAGUCCUUUUGAAGGAAACACGAAAAAGUCACCACAUGUCACGGGUUUUGAUUAUGGCCCUGUUCCUACACAUUGCCCUUAUAGGAGCUGGCAUUACCAUCUACAGCUGUGUUUAUUGCAAAAUGCAGACCCUGAAGCUACGUAGAAGGUCAUUAGAGGCUCGACGACGCCUUCAACUAAUGAGGUUGCGAACGCAGCAUGUGCCCAAUAUCGGAGAAUGUCCUUGCCACGGCUGCAUUAUGGCCAGGGAAAUGUUGCAGGGCCUAAUCGUGCAACAAUGGCACGAACUGGUUGAAUGUUAAGCUUUAACAUCGAUACAUAAAAUACGAAACUAGAAAAUAUGAUUAUCGUAGAUCUUUUGAAGGAUGCGAACGCUAAAAUGGACACAUAAUACAAUCAGGAUGACAUACAACCACAAUCGCACAGUCAU